AUGAUGAAAAAAUUAAUAAGGCUUCAGCUAACUAGAGGAAUACACACCCUUGGUUCCAAAUUACCAGACAAAAUAAAAAAAAUAAAAACAUAUAUUAACAAUUAUGAAAACAGCGAAAAUGAAUUGAUAAGAAAAAAAGAUUAUUUAUCAUUGUUAAGAAAUAUAUACUAUUCAAUUCCGUCUAGAAUGAAUGAAAGAGAAGUAUGGGAAAAUUUUUUAAAUAAACUUAAAAUAGAAAAGUGUUACUUAAGAAUGAAAUCGAUUAUUAAGAAAAAUAGUAUAUCCUACGAAUCUUUGAUAUGUAGGCAAAUAAUAUUCCUAUACUAUAUCGGGUUUGACAGUGAAGUGAAGAUACUACUUGAAAAAAUAAAUAACAAACUAAUAAAAUGUAAUGAAAAUAAUUUUAAAGAAUGUGAUAAAAUUAUAAAUGAAGAUAUAAAUGAUGUUAUAAAAAUGUUAUAUGUAUUAUAUAAUUUUCAAAAAAAUUCAGAAAAUUAUAAGCCCAUGUUUUUGUUAUUUGAUAAAUAUAUAUAUUAUAGUAAAAAAUAUCCUAUUAAUAAUAUUAAGUAUUUAUUUUAUUUUCAUUUAUUUUAUUUAAACAUGAAUAAUUCAUUAAAUAAAAUUAACAAAUGUAUAGAAAUAUAUAGACAUUUAUUUGGAACUGAACAAUUAAUGCUUUUAACUCGAUAUGUUAAUAUUUAUUUGAAACAUUUAUAUUUGCAUAAUGUUAUUAGACAUAAAGAUGAUGUAGAGAAGCAAAACAAUAUACUUGUAAUUGGUAAAAAAAAAUAUGAACGUUCAGAUUUUUCAAAUCGAAUACAAAACGUCAAUUCGAGGAAUAACACGCGUUAUAAAUACGGUGAUAAUAAUAAUGGCGAUAAUAAUGGUGAUAAUAUUUUUCUAAAUAAUAUGCCAAACAAAAUUGAAAAUGAAAUGAAUAUGUUUAUCAAUAAUAUAUUUCGAAUAAAUAAAAACGAAAAAGAAUAUUUUGUAUUUACCAGUUUUGAAGAUAUAGAGAUAAUAAACCAUGAGGAUCAUGCCACCUCGAUUGAUGCUGACAAACAGGUUACUUCUUUAGAAAAUUGGAACGGAAAUUGCAUCGAAAAUGAAAAAGUGAACGGAAAUGAAAAGUUUGUUGAGGGAGAUGUAAUACACAAUUGUGAUGAUUUGGCAGUUUUCAAAAAUUUAGGAGAAUGUGAGGACAAAGAUAUAGAUGAUAUUUAUAAUAAUGGUAAUGUAAUUAAUAAAUAUAUAGAUAAUAAAAAAAUUGAAAAAAAAAAAAAAAUAAUAAAAAUAUCUAAAACCGAAUUAAGGAUAUAUAGUAAUAUUCAUAAUUUGUGUGUAAAAGAAAUAUUUAAAAAUGUUUUAUUAAAUAAAGAAAAAAUAAAUGUAGAUAUAAUUUUUAAUAAUUUUAUAAGUAAUUUAUUUAAGGAUAAAUAUAUAUAUUUAUUAAUGGAAGAAUUAAAAAAUAAAAUAACAUAUAUAAAUGAAGAAAAUUAUUUAGCAUAUUUAAAACAAGUUAAAUUAUUAAAACUUUAUGACAAUCCAUUAUUUGUUACUAUAUCAAAUAUAUUUUUUAAAAAAUAUUUAUAUGAAAAAAAAUAUAUAAAUAAUUUACAGUUUGCUGAUAAAAUAACAUAUUAUACUGAUUUAUUUUGUCAUAAUUAUUUUCUACAAAAAUAUAUAUUAAACAUAUAUAAAUUAAAUUUUACCAUAUUUAAUACUAAAAUUUUGAAAAAAAUAUUAUCAAAAUUGUUUUUUUAUUUAUAUCAAAAUAAAUAUUUAAUAAACGGAUUUGAACAAUUUAUAAAAACGAUCAUAAUUAAAAUAAUUAACACUGGAUCUUUAAAUGAUAUAAUUGUGAUUUUGUAUACUUUAAGACAAUAUAAUUUUUUUAAAUCGAAUAUUAUAAAAUUAGAAAACCGAGAUAUUCAGUUAAAUAGUCAUGAUUAUAAUGUUAUAUCAACCUCUAUUUUGUAUUUUAAAAACGAUGAAACUGUGAAUGGGAAUGGGGAUGGCAACGGAAAUGGGAAUGGAAAUGGGAAUGGUAAUAGCAAUGUGAAUGGCAAUGGGAAUGGAAAUGGGAAUGUGAAUGUGGCACAUUUGAAAAAUAGACAAUUAAUUUAUCAAAUAAUUAAAGAGGAUGCUUUCAAUUUUUUACAUUCUCAAAUGUUAAAAAGUGGCAAUACAACUAAUUUAGACAAUCAAAUAAACCAAGAAAAAUUCAAAAAUAAUUUUUCAAGAGAUAUAAAUAAUUUAUUUAACAUGUUUCAUUUGGAUGAUUUCCAAUUAAAUUUGUUUAAAAAAAAAUAUUUAAAAAUUUAUGAAUAUUUAAGUUAUAGAACAAUUAUAGAAAAACAUGAAAUGAAUAAAAUGAAACAUUCUGAUAAACAUUCUGAUAAAUAUUCUGAUAAACAUUCUGAUAAAUAUUAUGACAUAAAUAUUAUUAUCAUGAUUGUUAAACAAUUAACAAAAUUAUUUCACGUAUUCUUAAAUAACAUUUUUGAUGCAAUACAAAAAGGUAAUAACGACUUACACAUUUUUGAAUGUAUAAAUAAUUUUUUUAACGAUAAUCUGUAUUAUUAUAAUUUGGGUGAUAAAAAAAAUAUUAACAUGUUCUAUAAUAAUACAAUAUCAAAUAACGAAUAUAAUGAUAAAUUAAUAAAUGAGACGUCAAAAUUUUCGAGCAUAAAUAAGGUCGAAAAUGUAAAUAACGAAGAAUGUGAAAAAGGAAUAGAAACGAAUAAAAUAGGAAAUACAAAAUAUCUCAAUAAUAAAUAUAUAGAAAAAAAAAAUAAAAUAGAUACAACUUUUGAACAAAAUUCACUAUUAAAUAACGAAAAUGAAAUAAAUAAAAACUAUAAUUAUUCAGAAGAACAUAAUGCACACUAUAUAAAUUUAUUUAUUGUAAAAAAAGAAAUUGAUCCAAUAGUGUUAAAAAAAUAUCAAGAAAAAUAUAUGACUGAAUAUAAUAUGAUAAAAAAUUUUACUGAAUUGUUACUUAUGAUUAUUCUUGAUAAUUUUGUAUAUUUUGAAAUAAAAAAAUAUUAUUUUAUAAAUUUUUUUUUUUUAAUAUUUCAAAAUAAAUUUAUCCCGAUGUCUAUAUAUCAUUACCUUUCUUUUUAUCGGAUUUUUAAAAACUUAUUUUAUAAUCAAAUAAAUCAAAGAGAAAGACGAGAAUAUAUCUUUUCAGAAAAUUAUUUUAAUAAAAACAAAAAUUAUAUAAUAAAUACUUGUAUUACUCAAAUUAAAACAAUAAUAUUGGACCAAAUAAGUCACCACCUUCAUGAUAAUAAUAAUAAUGAUGAUAAUAAUAAUAAUAAUAAUGAUAAUAAUAAUAAUAAUAAUAAUAUUAUGGCUAGCUACGACGCAAAUCAGAAUAUAGAUAUUCCUAAUCCAAUAGAAGAAAAAUAUCACAAUAAUACAGAUGGUUUGAAGGAAAAAAAACAAAUCCUCAACAUUAAAAAUAUAGUGAACUUAAUUUUGUAUUCAUUUAAUAGUGAAGAUAUAGUAGACAUAUUUAAAAGUUGCUUUUUAUUUUCCUUUAAUAAUUAUUUUAAAGAUAAUAAGAAAAAUAUUUUCAUAAAAUAUGUGUGUGAAAAUAACCCUCUUCAAAUGGCUAGCUCAAACAAAGAAAAUGGUGCAACUAUUGUCAGUUGUAGUGAUUUUUUUACCACUCGAAGUUGUUUACAUAUGAACAGGAACAGAAAAAGCGACAACAAAAAUAAUGGUGAUGAUAAUGGUGAUGAUAAUGGUGAUGAUAAUGGUGAUGAUAAUGGUGAUGAUAAUGGUGAUAUUUCUGACUAUAAUUCAUAUCCAAACAUUUCCAAUUACAGUUAUAAUAAAUAUAACGUUACAAACAUAUUUGAAUUUUAUUAUAUUAAUAUGAUAUAUGAAAAAUAUAUAAAUACACACCGUUUUGAUAAUAAGGAAGAUUAUCAUUGUUACCUGAAUUUUUUAACAAGAAAAAAAUAUUUUGAACCUCAUGAGAUUGUUAAUUUAUGUACUAUGGUUGAAAGAAGAAAUGGCAAAGAAAAUGAAAAGAAUAUACCCAUUGGUAAUAAUAGUGAAAAACAAAAGAUAGAAAUAAUUGUUAACAAUAUUAAGAAUUCAUUUAGCGCAUAUAAUAAUUUAGAAUUUUUUAUCAGCUAUUUUUUUUUUCUUAUGGUAUUUUCAAAAAAAGACAAUUUGAAUGAUAUUUAUAAAAUUUUGAAUGAAGUAAAUAAAAUAAUUUUAUUAAAUAAUAAUAUAGAUCCGUUUUGGUAUUUUUUAUUACUUGAGAUUAUUUAUAUUUUUAAAAUUAAGAAUUUGUAUAUAUUUGAUUUAAUUUUAUCAAAAUAUAAAAAUGUUUCUCAAUUUUAUAAUUACCUAAUAAGCAGUAUUAAAAAAAAAAAUGAUCAAAUAGAAAAUAAUAAUAAUUAUAUAGGUGUUUCGAGGAAUAAUACUAUUAAAUAUAACAUUAUUGAAUAUUUAAAAAAAAAAAAUAUUAAAUUUUUAACAAAUGUGGCAUUAAAAGACAGUCCAUUUAUAUUUGAUAUUUACAUUCCUUCUAAAAGUAUAUUAUUUAUAAAUCAUGAAAAAUGUCUAUUCUGUGAUAUUUUUAUGCAAAAUAUACAAAAAAGUUUGCUUGAUCAAAUUAACUCCAAAAUUAUGACCAUUGAUCAAAAAAGCUACAAAUGGCUAGCUACUAUUUUAUAA